GCCAACACAGAUUUAUCAACCGAAAAGAAACAAACCACAACUCCACAAGGGCAGUAGCACACCUCUUAGGGAUGACACUGCUCGUCAGUUGGAGGUCGCCAGCGGAAUGUGCGAAUAGAUCUCCAACUCUCCUGGCGAACAGAGAGCUCGACACAGGCCUACCCGUAUUCAAUCCGGCGACAGGUACUACGUACUUCACAAGGCGGCUGGAGGCAGAAAAUGGGGGAAGUCAACGGUGGAAUUUACGGGCGGUGAAGAUUCCAUAUCCUAAUUUUCAAUCGGCAGACAUAGAUGAGUUCAUUUUUUUCUAUUGAAAGCAAAUCCUAUAAUUUUAAAAUCAUUGAUAGCAUUGUUCGUAUUUCUGAAAUGAAGAAUGGAAUUACAUUAGUUAUGAAGCUAGAUCUUACUGGGGCUAAUUGGUUGAAGAAUUCAAUUGUAAAGAUCUCUUCGAGUAAUAGGCUUCGUACUAGACUAAAGCUGAAUAAUUGCUUUACCAUUUUAUACGAUGCUAAUUUUUUGGAGGGUUUAUCUCAAUAAUUGAAAAGGGAUGUGAUUCAUUGUUUAUUCGAGGGACGAAAUGGACAAGGGAUCAACAUUAUUCUGGCAGGGGUUAAAAAUGAAAUUACUUUGAUGAAUGAUUUUUCUUCCAAAGAAAUUGGAGAUUGAACAUGAGUUAAGCAAGGUUAUUUUAGAUACGACGGGUUCCAAUGCUAUUUGGAUUUUCUGCCUUUUGUUGGGUUCUAUCAUCACUCCUAUGAAACUGAUGUUUUCAUUUCGGGUGCAUGACUACAUGCUGAUAUUUCCAUUCCGUUUCCAUAUCAAAGCUCUGGAUCUAUCUCAUCUUUGUUUUUUCAGGAAGCUAAGACUUGCUCAGUAUGGGUUAUCUCUCUCCUCUUGAAAAUGAGAAAGAUAAUAGGGAUAUUCCUUUGCUCAAUUACGAUGAUCAAGUGGGAGCCAUAUCAAUCAAAGUGAAAAAAGAUUACGGAGUAUGUUUUAGAGAAACACAAUGACGAUUAUGUUAUUGGGACUGUCAAUGUGAAAACUCAUCUCCGGGCUUUCUUCCAUUAUCAAGAUAAUGUUAUAAUCGAGGGUGAGUCUCAUUUUGAAUGUGAUGACGCUUCAUAUUCUUCGGGUGAUGAUUCAGAUAGAGAACUUCUCAAUCGCCCUAGUGAUCCUAACUGGAAGACAAGAUCUCAACUUAGAAGAAGUGCUCUCAUUCAAGAAAAAAUGAAGAGUUUGCUAGACUGAGCUUUAUGGUUGCAGGGUUUAAUCGGGCAACCAUGUAUUCCAAAAGAUUUAUGAUUUACUGAUUUGUGUGAGGCUAUUGGGAAUUAAAGAAGAAGGUUUUGGAUGUAUUUGAUGAGCUGCUAUUUACUUUGGGGUUUGUUUGAUAGGUUAUUGAUAAAGACGAUUUCUCCU